AUACCCCGAUACCCGACUCCUUUUUCCGCACCAUUUCAUUCGCUCUCUUGGAAAGAAAAACCCUUUGCUUUAAAAUUCGUGCGAUUUCUUUAGGAGUCGAGCAAUCGAUCUACAUUAAUGGCGGCCAAGGUUUAUAUUGUGUAUUACUCAAUGUAUGGACAUGUUGAGAAGCUAGCAGAGGAGAUUAAAAAAGGUGCAUCAUCGGUUGAAGGAGUGGAAGCCAAGCUAUGGCAGGUACCUGAGACCCUCCCUGAGGAGGUCCUUGGAAAAAUGAGUGCACCACCCAAGAGCGAAGUGCCAAUCAUCACACCAAGUGAACUUGCUGAAGCUGACGGGCUAAUCUUUGGUUUCCCAACUAGAUUCGGAAUGAUGGCAGCACAAUUCAAAGCUUUUCUAGAUGCAACUGGGGGGCUCUGGAGAAGCCAGCAGCUUGCAGGCAAGCCUGCUGGAAUCUUUUUCAGCACCGGAUCUCAGGGCGGUGGGCAGGAGACUACUGCUCUAACCGCCAUAACUCAACUGGCCCACCAUGGAAUGAUCUUUGUGCCUAUUGGCUACACUUUUGGCGCUGGAAUGUUUGAGAUGGAUCAGGUGAAGGGAGGCAGCCCCUACGGUGCUGGAACUUACGCAGGAGAUGGCUCAAGAAACCCGAGCGAGCUCGAGCUGCAGCAAGCUUUCCAUCAGGGCCAGUACUUUGCUAGCAUUGCAAGGAAAUUCAAGGGAUCCCCUUGAUCUGCCCAAUACUUCUAUAGAAAAAACUCUUGUUAUUUCCAUAUACUUGAGUUGUCACUUGUCAGUCUGUCCUUUCAUUAUCGUUCUCUCUGAUUGUUGUUGAGCAUGUGUUAUAAUUGGGGUUUGUUCAAUUCUUGUGAUCAAGAUUUGAUAUAAUUGCUUGCUUAUUUACAGUGUUCGGUCCGGUAAGUAGUCCAUUUAUACAGUUAUUGUUUGUUUUCGUUUGGAUUGGAUUGAAGUUGUGCUAUUUUUGCUUAUAUGAUAAAAGUUAGUGGAGUUGUUAAA